CAUGGUCGAUAAGCUACUUAUUCAAAAUGGCGACGCCCACAGCUCACCGGAAGCCGUCAAUCUUGUCCAUUAUUAAAGGCGUUUCUGCCUUUGUAAUGUACAGAUUUCCAUUUCUUUCUGCAUUAACACUAACAAUGCUUUGUUCUGAAAGAGAGCAAGAGCACAGAUCGGAAGGAUUCCCACUGGUUUACAUCUACAUUCACAUCUUUGUCCUGUUCACGUCUGGGACGAUGAUGUCAUUCGGGUCGCAGAGGUCCCUUUGGGCCGUCGUCACGGCUGUUUCCAUGGCCAUCUUCACCACGCUAACCCAGAGUCAGCAGCCAAAGACCAAGAUGUGGCUCGUGGCACGGAUCGCAUCUCACGAUAUCGGAGUCAUCGGAGUAUUCCUCAUCCUCGCCAGCCGCGUCGGAGAAGACCUCGGCAAGAAAUACCGCCUCCACUUCCUCUUCCCCUACGGCAAGAACCUCAUCUCCAUCUUCUGCAUCAUCAACUCCGUCCAGCUCUACCGGACGCCCGAGGAACGCCGGGCCUUCCUCUCGACGGUCCCCCACGGCGAGACGGCCAUGGUCCUCCUGGGCGUGGCCCUCCUCAUGGGCGGGUUUCUCUUCUCCUCCGAGUUCAAGACUAAACGCAUCAGUGCAUUUUUAGCCGUUGCUCUGUCGUUUUUUAUCCUGACCAUAGACGGUAACCUUCACUACUGGCACAAGAAAGCGAGAUUAGAAUACUGGAUGCAAAUGAAUAUGGUCCUAAAUAGUGUCACUGUUCUGUGCAGCCUGAUUUUCAUGGCAACAUGAUGGUAGUUUGAUUCAGGGGACAGUUUCACCAAGCUUAUUGUAAGUCACGCACAACUCUACACAAAGAUAAAAUCUGUUUCGGCAAUUUUUUUUUGGUAGAUAUUCAUGAGAAAAGUCGGCUUGAAUAGUUUCACCGAGAAUCAGCAUUCUACUUGCUAUUCAAAGUGAGUUAAAGGAAAAACAAUAAUUUGCAUUUUUAAUUACUUAAAUAUUUCAGAAAUCAACCUUUUAAACAGUGUCAGUAAACAGUCUUGUUGUGAUCACGUGAUUGGCAGUUGAGAUCUGAUAAGGUGGCAGGGGGGGGGUCAAUUUUUACCCCUCCCCCUGUAAAAACCUGGUCUGAAAUAACCCAGUAAAAAUAGGGUUAACCCUGUUCAAAUUUUGACAAAUUUAAACCUUGGAUUCAGGUGCUUAAACAAUUUUGAUAUACAAAC